UCUGAUGUUUGAGGACACAUUGGAGCACUGUUCGAGAUGCCAAAUGUAGACAAAAGGCCAGCCGAUUAUUUAAGAAAGGUGCGCUCUUGCACGUUUUACGAACCUUCUUUUUACUUUGAUCGUUGACGGAGAAGGCAGCAUAACCACCCAAGCGCAAGCACAAGUGUAAGAAUCACAUGUAAAUUCCAUUUGGUAUUUUCUACUAAUGUAAUUUAAAUUGUUUAGAUUUUAGCACCCAUUUAUUUUGAUGCGUAGCGAACAUAUUAUUUAAAUAAAGGCUUAAAGUACGUGCUCGCAAAAUCGCGUUUCAUUCUCCAGUCAGCACACUAAAAUACUUUUGCGUAUAACCUAAAAUUGUACAAAGAACCAAUAUGAGCUGCGAGGAAAAUACGAUUCCUGAGGGAUCUGCCGUACCGUCAUCCAGCGCAUCGGCCAUAAUAAGUGUAACCGCAUCACCAGUCGCACCUCCUUCACUUCAGGAACUCGCGACAAUCGAAGCACCUUCACAAACUUGGACAACUGCGCUAAUUGAUAGGGAAUCUCGAUUCGUCGGUGCUAUAUCCGCGCAAGAGGAUGUAUUUUCAGGUGCUAUAGCAUUAGGUACCACUCAUAUAGGGGAGCAUUCACAGAUGGCACCUUUAGCCAGCACAACCGUCACUUCCUGUACAUCCGCAGGUGCAACCUUAUCGGAUUUGCAGACACAUGUGAAUUUAGGCGCUCCAAUUUCGUCACCGCCCACACGUGUUCACGGCCUAACCUCAAAAUACGAUGCGUACAUUCGGCAAGCGCCUUUGACGACAUUUAUAGAGUCUGGCCCGUUAUCUGCACAUGUACAUGGUAUCAGAACCUCAGCGAUGAACUCAUACCCUUCCACGGCGCUGUACAACGGUGUAGGUAAUUUUGGGGGUCACCGACCAGCUGCCAAUUCGACAUUUGUUUACUCAAUCGCUGAAGGGGCACCGCAGAGUGGUAACGUUACGCAUUCAUUCGCACAUAGGUUUUCGGGUGCUUCGCAGGUUCAAGCGCCAUAUGCUCCACCAUGUACCGCGCCGGUGUGGACAUCUCGCCAGUCUCAACCGUUUUCGUUUAUACCACNACACAAUGAAAUUGUGGUCAACGAGAUGAGGCAGCGGUUUUGUGUUCAUGGUCUCAGGACCCUAGUUAGAGCCAUUGCAAAGAGGUGUCAACUGUGCCGUAACUACAGAGCUUCGCCAGAAGUGCCAGAAAUGGGGCCACUCCCUUCGGAGCGCAUCGCUGCAUUUACACGACCAUUCACCUACACGGGUGUUGACUACUUCGGCCCGUUUGAUGUUGUGAUUGGUAAGCGGUAUGAAAAGCGUUGGGGCGUGCUAUUCACGUGUAUGACCGUGCGAGCUGUUNUUGCCCUCGCAUGUAGCUGCGAGGCAAGCCAUUACUAA